CGCUCUUCCAACUCCAAGUCCCAAAGGUCCCGCCAUUGCAUGUUCUAGAGAAUCGAUCAGAUUGAUCCCAAUUUGCAGACCUUGAAAAUGAUUCCUCACCAUGAAAGCGAGUGGGAGGAACGGAAGAUCGUUGCCAUGGUCCCACGAUCGGCCGCAGUUCGGAUUCCAAAUCAAAGCCCUAAAAGCAAGAGUUUCAAACACAAUAAACGUAGCUUUCGAAAUGGAAUUGAACAUCUGUCAGUCUCUGGUUAACACCACAUCAUCAAAUUUCUUCCACAUGUCUCGCCGGGCGGCGGCGGAGGAAGUGUAAUUACGCAGCCAUCGUUGUUCAUUGGAUAAUCUCGUCUUUCAAUGGUUUGGUUUCGAAGACCACGCCCCCGAAGAUCAGAUUAUGCGGCUUAUGGGCACUCUGUGGCGGCACACGCAUUCCAAUGAAUGUAGGAGACUAAAAAAUAGGGCAGACGAAGAAAGAGAACAUACGGAAUGAUGAUAGAUUCAAGGCUGUCUCUGUUUUACCAAUAGAUUCUUUAUGUCUACUUAUUUAGAAAUCCAAACCCAGUCUUGACCGAGGAUUUUUGUGCUGCUUUCCUUUUUUGGCUACCAUGCAUAAAGGGGAGGCUUCAUCUAGUCGCUGUUCUGGGAAGUGGGGGCUAUCUUCCAGGGGAGUUUGAUACCUUGCUUCUUCCGUAUGCUUCUAUCUAUGACUUGAUUUUUGUCCAUUUUGAAAAAAGCUUCCUGUUCUGGCUCCUGUGUGUGCUAGUGAUUUCCAUUUUUGUUUCCAUAAACUUCUUUAUGGCGCUUGGUGGGUCGGAAACAUAUUUACUUAUAGUGAAGUUUUGGAAUAGGCUCAUCGUGAGUGGGUUUCGCUGUCUGUUUCUUUCUGGUCAUUCAGUUCAUUGGCGGGCUGAAGGUGAAAUAGGGAAAAGGAACAGAAAAUAAAAGAAAAGAGAACAAAUCUGAGACAGCUUCUGCGGACUCUAGCAGGAUACCGAGUUUGCUACCGUCAUUAAAUCAUGAGUAGUCAUGAUGAAAGUUAUGCGUCAUAUGCUCAACCCGUUGGAAGAUGGUCUAUAUUCUAUUUUGGCAUGGGGCACAUGCUCAAUGACAUCACUGCUGCCUGCUGGUUUACUUAUCUACUACUUUUCUUGACAGAUAUUGGAUUAUCUCCAAGGAAUGCUGCUACAGUUAUGCUUUCGGGUCAAGUAGCUGAUGGAUUAACAACAAUUUUUGCUGGGGAACUGAUAGACAGGUUUGGACAUUUCAAAAUAUGGCAUGGUGCAGGAUCUGUGUUGGUGGCAGUUUCAUUUUCUUCUGUUUUUGGUGGUUGCGUACCGUGUAUAUUGUAUUCUAGAAGUUCAUCAACAUUGCAAACUGUAGGCUACAGCAUUUUUGCGGCUAUCUUUAAUGUUGGUUGGGCUGCCACUCAGGUUUCACAUAUGUCUAUGGUAAAUUGCAUUACAUUGAAUUCAACUAGUAGAGUGGCGUUGGCUAGCUGCCGUAACGCUUUUGCCAUGGUUGCAAAUCUUAGCCUGUAUGCAGUGGCUUUAUUAGUGUUUAGUAUCUCUAAGGCAAAAACACAUGCAGAUAUUGAACAUCAGUACCGAAUGAUUGCAUAUAUUUCAAUUUUCAUUGGCUGCUGCUUUGUGGCCAUAUUUCUAGUAGGGACCAAAGAGCCAAGUUUGAAAGUUGCUGUACUGGGAAAUCGGCAUGCUAGGAUUUCAUGGUCAUAUUGGUUCAAGAAAGUUUUGUAUUAUCAAGUUGCUCUUGCUUAUGUGCUUACCAGACUGAUAAUCAAUGUUUCACAGGCAUUUCUGGCAUAUUAUGUUAUCAACGAUCUGCAUUUGGCGAAGUCAGCUACAGCUUUGGUUCCUGCAAUAAUCUAUGUCUUCAGCUUCAUCGUAUCUGUGAUUCUCCAGGAGAUUGUUUGGACUGGCCAACGCCUGAAGAUUUAUUAUUCUGCUGGGGGCGUUCUUUGGAUGGUUUGUGGUGCGGUGAUACUCAUUUUACCUACAAGCAUGAGUGCUUUUAUGUACGUCAUGUCCUCAUUUAUUGGCGUAGCAAAUGCUUUAAUGACGGUGACUGGAGUGAGUAUGCAAAGUGUUCUAGUUGGAAGGGAUCUCAAUGGUUGUGCAUUUGUUUGCGGUUCAUUAAGCUUCCUGGACAAAAUCUCAUGUGGGCUUGCUCUAUUCUUUCUCGAGUCAUUUCAAAGCACCACUGCAUUACACUCCUCGGAGAACAAUUAUCUCGGCGCCACCUAUGUCUCGGUUACAAGAUAUGGUUUAGGGCUUGUGCCUGCAGUAUGUGCAUUCCUUGGAGUAGCAGUUACAAUCAGCAUGGACCUCCAUGCCCCUUAUGCCAAACAUUUAACAGAAUCACUACUGGAAUGAUCAUGUAAAUUAAGUCAUCAACCAGAAGAUCUGUAAAUAGACCAAUUCCAAUCCCAUAUUGUCAACAUCAAUUGUACCUCUGAAGAAGUUCUACAGAAAAAAAUUAGCUGAACAGGAAUUACUUACACGACGGAAGAUCGAGUCAACAAAACUAAUCAAUUCAACCUCAUUCCUCUCAUGGUCAAGGUGAUUGUUAUACUCACAUAGCACAGGUAUCAAAUUAUCAUUUAUUCAAAGAUUUGAUCGUCGAGUUUAGUAUAGUUGUUUUACUAUGAAUGUAUUAGUUCAACUCAGUGUAAUCCUAGUGUUUGUAUCUCAUUGUUUAUGUCUCUGCUUGGCCUCAAUGCAUAUGAAGAUUAGCCUUUGAUUCUGGUUA